CCCCAGCGGACGGCGCUGCGCGCGCGGCUCCCCGCAGCCCCUGCCGCCCUAACGGACUGCACCGCGCGCGGAGGCGGGGAGGGCCGCGGGCGCCAGAUUAAGGCGCCGGGGGCGGCGUGUGCGGGAAGCCGGGAUUUGCGGAGGAGCGAGGAAGGGGGAGUGAGCGGAGCAGGGGCCGCGGAGACAGAGGACAGCGGCUUUCUCUCGCGGAGCGGAGCUCUUCCCCUGAGCGGCGGCCGGUCCCUCUAGCGAGGGCGCGGAGCCCCCCGCCCUCUCCCCUCAGCAUGGGCCGCGGGGCAGCGGCGGGGGGACCGAGGGGGACGGUGAGCGCAGCCGGGAGCAGGAUGGCGUCGGCGGCGGGACCCUGCCUGGCCGAAAGCGACUGAGGCGGGCUGUGCACUGGGCCCGGCCCGGCCACCCGUCACGGCGCCCUGCCGCCGCGGGAGGGCAUGAGCGCCCGCCCGGGCGCAGCUUCGUCGCACAGCUAUCACUUAGAUGUUGAUAUGUAAAGCAAAAUGGCAAAAAUCAACACCCAGCACUCCUACCCUGGUACGCACAGACUGUCUGUCAGAAAUACUGAUGAAGACAUUGAAAGGAUUGAAAAUGGCUUUAUCAGAACCCAUUCACUGUGUGAGGAUACAUCUUCCGAAUUGCAGAGGGUCAUUUCUGUGGAGGGAAGAGGCCUACCUGAAUCCCAGACAAGUUCAUUCACAGGCAGAGGAGCAAUGGCAAGGCUCUCACAAUUUAUUGUAUCUCUGAGGUCAUGGGCCAUGAGACAUUUGCAUCAUGAAGACCAAAGGCCCGAUUCUUUCCUGGAGCGUAUCCGAGGGCCAGAGUUCAUAGAGGUGUCCAGUAGGCAAAAUAAAAUCCACGCCAGUCUGGGAGUCGAUGAGCAGCCUGGGAGACUGAACAGCAAAAAGGAAGAAAAGAAAGAGGUUAAAGAGGAAAAGAAAGAGGAAAAGAAGGAGGAAAAGAAAGAGGAAAAGAAAGAUGACAAAAACGAUAAAAAAAAAGAAGAGAAGAAAAAAGAAAUCUUUGUGAUAGAUCCUUCAAGCAAUAUGUACUACAACUGGCUGACUAUAAUUGCAGCACCUGUGUUCUACAACUGGUGUAUGAUAGUGUGCAGAGCCUGCUUUGAUGAGCUACAAAGUGACCAUGUUAGGUUAUGGCUGGUCUUGGACUAUUGCUCUGAUAUCAUCUAUGUUUUUGACAUGUUUGUCAGAUUCAGGACAGGCUUCCUUGAGCAAGGCUUGCUAGUUCGGGAUGAAAAGAAAUUACGACACUAUUACACAAAAACUAUACAGUUCAAACUGGAUAUGCUCUCUCUUCUGCCAACGGACCUGGCAUAUCUGAAGCUUGGUUUGAACUACCCUGAACUGCGGUUUAACCGCUUGCUGAGGAUUUCUCGGCUGUUUGAGUUUUUUGACCGUACAGAAACCAGGACAAAUUAUCCGAACAUGUUUCGCAUUGGAAAUCUUGUCUUAUACAUUCUUAUCAUCAUCCACUGGAAUGCAUGUAUAUAUUUUGCAAUUUCAAAGCUCAUUGGAUUUGGAACCGACUCUUGGGUCUACCCCAAUGUGUCCAUUCCAGAGUAUGGGCGCCUGUCUAGAAAGUACAUUUACAGUCUGUACUGGUCAACACUCACGCUGACGACCAUUGGAGAAACCCCACCUCCAGUGAAAGAUGAAGAGUAUCUCUUUGUGGUCAUUGACUUCCUGGUGGGUGUGCUCAUCUUUGCUACCAUUGUUGGUAACGUGGGCUCCAUGAUUUCCAACAUGAACGCCUCCAGGGCAGAGUUCCAGGCCAAAAUUGAUUCUAUUAAGCAGUACAUGCAUUUCCGAAAAGUGACUAAGGAUUUGGAAGCCAGGGUUAUUAAAUGGUUUGAUUACCUCUGGACUAACAAGAAAACAGUGGAUGAGAAGGAAGUUCUUAAAAACCUGCCUGACAAGUUGAAGGCUGAAAUUGCCAUCAAUGUCCAUUUGGACACACUGAAGAAAGUGCGUAUCUUCCAGGAUUGUGAAGCUGGACUUCUCAUUGAACUGGUGCUGAAACUGAAACCUACGGUCUUCAGUCCUGGAGACUAUAUUUGCAAAAAGGGAGAUAUUGGGAGAGAAAUGUACAUUAUCAAAGAGGGAAAAUUGGCUGUGGUGGCAGAUGAUGGCAUAACGCAAUUUGUUGUCCUAAGUGAUGGCAGCUACUUCGGUGAAAUCAGCAUCCUAAACAUCAAAGGUAGCAAAUCUGGCAAUAGGAGGACAGCCAACAUAAGGAGUAUCGGUUAUUCUGAUUUGUUCUGCUUGUCUAAAGAUGAUUUAAUGGAAGCUCUCACUGAAUACCCAGAUGCCAAAAAGGCUCUGGAAGAGAAAGGACGACAAAUUCUGAUGAAAGACAAUUUAAUAGAUGAGGAAGCAGCAAAAGCAGGAGCUGACCCAAAGGACUUGGAAGAAAAAAUCGAAAGACUUGAAACAGCUCUGGAUACGCUACAGACUAGGUUUGCUAGGCUGUUGGCAGAAUACACCUCAUCUCAACAAAAAGUGAAGCAGAGACUUGCUAAAGUAGAAAACAGAGUGAAAAAGUAUGGUAGUGGCACUGUAUCAGAGGCAGAGGCUCCAAAACCUGAGGAGGAAAAAAAGGACUAAUGGCAUAUUUAUAUUUUUUCAUUUAUUAAAGAAGGUUGAAGUAUGUAAAAGCCGUAACUAUAUAUAUAAAUAUGUGUGCAUACAUAGAUUAUUAUUUUUAUAUGGACUCCAGGAUAAUGGUUUUUAGCAUUUUUAACUAAAGCAGUAUUUUCUUGUAAAUAGAUCAUUGUUACCUCCUUCUUAGGGGGAGAUCUUGGUCUGUCAUUUGAGUGGGGUUUUUUUGUACUGGAAGGGGGUUUCUUACAAGCAAUGCUCAGAAUGUGUGUCAUUAUGGUAUGUGUAAGUCUCAAUACACUGUCUCUUCCCUGUUAAGAAGGCAUUGUAUUUAAAGUAGAAGGGAUGGGUUUUGGAUAAGGACUUUUAAAAUAUUUAUAGGGUACAUGCUCUACCUUGCUACCUUAUUAGCCUAUUAAAUACAUGGACUUACAGCAAGGCUUCUCAAAAUCUUUAUUGUUUCACAGUGAAGCAGUCUGCACAAAUUGUAGAACUGCAGAUAAGAAGUACGUACCUGACCUAUACAGCAUAGCCAUGCAUGCUUAUGAAAUAGCCAUGUAUCCAGAUGCUUUAGUCUGAUUCCUUUCUCUUGAGCUGGGCUGUGCACAAGGGACCAUGCUGACAGUGCAGCAGCGGUCAGUCAUGUGCUUUCCAUCAUGGUCUGUGGCAGCCUUUGGUGCUCUGCAGCUGCUUUGCUUGGGGAGGGAGUGGGGGCUCUCCAGCAUUAUGCUUUCCCCAGCACCAGCCAUGCAGCCACACAGUCCCAGUAGCAAUGCUGGUGGGAGACAUCUGUGGUAACGUGGCUUCACUCAACAUAGGAAAAGAGAGGCCCGCUGCUCCUAUGUGUAGGGUCUUUAUAGGCAGUUCCCAGAGUGAUGCUACCAAGAAAUUGCAAGGGCUGGCAGGAGAGGCUGUCCCAGUGUGCCACCCAGCAUUCCCUCCUAUCAGGAUUUCUGCAAGGCAGAGAGAGCCAGCCCUGUGUUGCAAAGUCUUUCCUGCUACUAGGCCUACAUUUUUCUUCCUCUUUAUUUCAUUUAAUGAUGCCGCCUUCACCUCCCUCCCCAUUUUGUGUCAGCUUUUCUCCUAAGUAGUUGUCACACUUCCAUGUUUUCACUGGUUAAGAAAAACAAGGGCCAGAUUUACUCUGAAGUUUUACUUGAGUUCAUCUGAUAGCUUAACUGUGCUAGUUGCUUUUCUCCUGACUGUAGGGUAGUUCUCUGUACUGGUGGUCUGGCUCCAAGGUGAUUGCACCGGCCCAGUCCACUCAGUCUGCUGUCACAUUCAGAGCAGAAUGGUACUGAGCUUCUGUCCCUUCCACAGGGGCAUUCUCCCAGCCAGAAGAUACUAGCUUUCAUUUUUUUUUUCUGUACAAUUUGCUUCAGUUGUUUUCUUUUAGUGUCCCUCACCUCUCUAGUGUUUGUUUAUUAUCUGUCUGUACUGGUAUUAGCAUCUUAAGCCUGAGAGUGAAAUCCUAGCUUCAUUGAAGUGCCUGGUAAAUAACUUCAGAGGUGGUUAGGAUUUAAGCAGCAGUACUUUCAGCAUGCUUAGCUUCCUAUGGUUAACCCCCCCCCCCCACCUGUGGCAGCAGGGCUGCCAGUAACCACUCUUACUAGCUGCAUGCAAACACAGGAGAAGGUGGUUGGUAGUUUGGGAAAUCCUGGUCUUCCGUCUGAACUUGCUGUUUAUUCCUGUCGCAGCUUUCUCAUGUACAUAAAAGCACAUGCAGCAGUAGUUUGUAUGGAUAACAGCAUGAUGUGUGCACUGUCUUUCAGAGUGAAGCACUGUAACUAUAGUUACAGGCCUAUUUGUUUUUGACACAGUAGGUGAAUUCCUUGUUUUCAGUGUAAUCCUUUGUGCACUGCCUUGGCUAGCCACAGAGCCUUGUGUCAGUUGUAACAUUGGUUCAAGCUCCAUAUUCAUGAGGUCAAACAUUACAGUUGUCUCUGUGUUAAUCACUGCUUUCAGAAGAAUAAACACCAUCAGCCAGCCAGGGCUGCAAGACUUACAAAGCAGCAUCUCCAUUUUGGACUGCAAAACUUUGGCUCUUCUGCUUGCACAGAAGUGGACGCACAGGCAGCAGAAGGGAGCCAUCUUGCAGGUGCCCAGAGGCGACUCAUGCCCAGUCCCAUAUCCUUGGACCAUGCCUACCCAAAUAGGCAGCAGAACAAGUUUCCUUCGGAAAGAAAUCAUUAUCAAAGCCAGUGAUCAUUGGGUUGUUCCCUUCCAGCACAGGAAAGGUUGAGAUUAGGGCACUUACCAGGGACCUUAGGAAGGUCUGUGCUUUUCUUAGCCUAAAUUGAUUUGAACCCACAGCAUUGCAGCACUAACCACACUUAGACUGCAGUAAGGGGGAUGGACUCGCACACUUACUUCCUCAGCUGUGUGUUGAAUUUGAGAGGCUGAAGCAAGUAUAGUGAAUCACAGGCCAAAUGCUGACUGGUAGCCACUUUGAUGCCUGGAGAAGGGGAACUGAAUGUAGCCUUACCUCCUCUCCAGACACGGCCUUGGCAGAGAUGCAACAUGAACGUGGUGUACAUUCAAAUUAGGGCUUCCCUGGAAUACCAGAGCAUUGAGUUUUGUGGAUUUGGUGUAGUUUCCCUUGUGUUGCUUUCACCCUUGGGUAACCUCACUAGCUUCAGAGAAGCUAGGGAGUAACAGAGGCUGCUUAUUGUCUGGGGCACUGGGGCUGGACCCUCCAGUGGCUUUAGGUGUUACAGCAGCCAGUGCUCUGCCCUCUAGGUGUUCUCAGCCCUGACUGAGGAGUCCUGAUAGUGCAUGGGAAAAGGUGGCCUGUUGGAAAAUUGGCAGGAAGCCAGUGAGAAGAGAUUGCUUUAACUAGAUGAUAGUGAAAUGAAAAGAGGUGGUUGCUCGCUCUUAACUGAGGACAGCUGCUCAAAGUAAACAUUUAUCUGGGGGAAGCAACUGUCUCCACCUAUCGACAUUUUUGAGCCUGGUGAGAGAGAAAAAUCUGACAGUGACUAAGGGAAUAGGGCUUUGCUUGUAAUAUUUGCAAAGAAGCCGCUCAGGUAAGGAAUCCUGUGCUGGUGCCAUCUUAAUUUUGGGAUGAAAGCAUUAUAUUGGAUGUGGGCUGCUGUCAGCACUGAGCUUUGCAGGCAUCUGUUGGCAAAAACACUGCUACAUUCAUUGGUGGCUGACUGGUAGUUUUGAAAAAUAUCUGUAUCCUUAAAUAUGGGAUUCAGAGCUUAACCUUUCAGGGUAUUUCCUGAGGCUCCACAGAUUGUAGCUUAUGGCUAGCAGCUUGCUGGCAGAAGCACAUACACUAACAUCAAAUCAUCCCGCAAUUAAAUUAACUGUUUAAUCACUUAAAACUUGACUCCUAUCAGCCUGCUUCUACAGCAGGCAAAGCUCAACCUGUCAGCAAAGAUGCUAACUCCUAGUGAAGACACCGAAAACUGGAAAAAAGCUUCAACUAACACGAGUGAGAGCUGGCUGCUGCAUUACAAGCUUAGUUUCUAUAGCAGCAGCAGGUUUGCUCAUGCCAUACUCAAAGCAGAGAAACCCAUCCAUCCUCUUACAAGCAAAACCAACAAUUUUACAACCCCCCCUAGUAAGUGCUACUCCAGCUCUGCACUGGUCCAAGCCCUUAGCUGAUCCUGACCUGGGGCAAAGAUUGCCCAAAGGAAGCAGAGUGGGUCAGGCUCCAUAGUAGCUUGCAUGCUGCUCAGCCUGCCUGCCUGAUAAGGAAGUGAAAGGCUUUUGCUCUGACUGGAUUAUUCUAACAAAUAAAAACACUAAGUUUAAGUAUCUGCUUGUGAGCCAUGUCUGAAGUCCUGUUAUCAUCAGUGGGGAUCUAGACACCAUAGUCUAGAAGCUGACUAGACUUAGGUAUUUAUUUUAGAUUGGGCUUAAUCUCUGUAUUACCACUGACUAUAAUGAGAGGUCUGUCCUGUAUGUGGACAUCUGAGUUCAGGAGGUUGAGUCCUUGAGCUAAAUCUUGCCCUUCGUAUCUCCAGGUGCAAACAACUACACAGGAUAGAGAGGAGCUGGAGUCCAUCCCCAGCCGUAUUUUGAGAGAGAAAUAGAGGAGAUAGCACCGGCUGGGGGGGCUAGUGCCAUCAAUCCCACACUGAGGAAGUGAAGGUUGAAGUGGGAGCUGGGGAGUUGCUGGUUGCAGGAUAUCACUUUUGUAAGGGCAGUUGGUGUGGUCACAGGCUGUCAAACUUGCAGCUCUCACUUUGUAACAGAGGCAGAUACUGCAUUGCUGAUAGCUACUACUACAUUGCUGUACUGCAGUUGUUAGUGUUUGACACUCUGUUACUCAACUGUCGCAUCUGAUAGGGGUUUUACACUUAGUGUCAUAAUCUGUGUCAGUCAUAACUCUUUGUAAAUGUAUAACUACCUAUACACUAUACUACAGCUAUUCCAGCCUACCAAGUAUAAAUGAAUAAAACCAUUUUAAGCAUUAUUAUUCAUAACAAGUUUAGACCUGUUAAAAAAACACCCAUAAAUAUAAGAAUGCUUGCUAUUUACCUGACACAUCACAACAGCUCUGUCUAUCUAUCAGGUAGAUAAAUACUGUUUUCUCCUUUUCCUUACCUCUAGGACUAGCUAUCACAUGCCAGAAUAAGAGGUGUUUCAAAGCUGUUGGCUUCAGUCCCUUCUUUUGGCAUGAAGGAAUCACAUCCUUUGCCAUCUUUUGUCUCUAGGAUUUUUUCCUUUCUUUAAAACGGAUACAGCAUGUACAUUAAAAUAUUUUGAAUAACGUUCAA